CCGCCGAGGGGCGAGAGCGCAGGCGCUGCUGCGGACGGGAGACGGGGCGGGGAAGGAAGGGAACCGGGAUCGCGCGUGUGCCUCCUUCCUUCCUUCCUCCCUCCCUUCUCCAGGGCGCUCCUUCCCCGGGGAGAGAAAGUGCAGAGCCGGGGCGGACAGAGCCUCGUGGGCGGAGUGGCCCCUCCUCUGCCCGGAGUCCGAGGGGCAGGCUUCCUCUCUCCUCCUCCUCCUCCUCCGCGCUGCCGUCCGCCGCAACAACCUGCUCGCCAUGUCGACAGCAGGAGACUUCGGCAACCCGCUUCGGAAAUUCAAGCUGGUCUUCCUAGGGGAGCAGAGCGUUGGGAAGACAUCCCUCAUCACAAGAUUCAUGUAUGACAGUUUUGAUAACACAUACCAGGCUACAAUUGGAAUUGACUUCUUAUCUAAAACCAUGUACUUGGAAGACCGGACAGUGCGGUUGCAGCUCUGGGACACAGCAGGCCAGGAGAGAUUCCGAAGCUUGAUCCCCAGUUACAUUCGAGACUCCACAGUAGCUGUGGUGGUCUAUGACAUCACAAAUCUGAACUCCUUCCAGCAAACGUCCAAAUGGAUUGAUGAUGUCAGAACAGAAAGAGGAAGCGAUGUCAUCAUUAUGUUAGUGGGCAAUAAAACAGACCUUGCAGAUAAGAGGCAAAUAACAAUUGAAGAAGGAGAACAGAGAGCUAAAGAGCUGAAUGUCAUGUUUAUUGAGACCAGUGCAAAAACAGGAUACAAUGUGAAACAGCUCUUCCGACGUGUUGCCUCAGCUCUGCCAGGAAUGGAGAGUGUGCAAGAGAAGAGCAAAGAAGGGAUGAUUGACAUCAAACUGGACAAACCACAGGAACCACCAGCCAGUGAAGGAGGCUGUUCUUGUUAAUGCUAAGCGCAGGAUUCGUCAGCUCCAUUUGACACCACACGCUUGUUGUGUUGCUUCCUAUUGGUUAGCUUUCUAAUACAAAUUGUGUUCUUGGAUGGGGAGGAUUUCUUUUCUCUCUAGGGAGGGGGUGGGUGGCAAGGAUCAGAAUACUUGAUUCAACAGCCAAUACUGUUUUCUUUUUUGGUUCAGUUGUAAUAUAUUGUACUUUAUUAAAAAUGCCAAAACAAUUCAGAAUUUUAAACAAGACACUUUAAUUGUGUGUGUAUACAAUUUUCAGCCGUGGGGAUGUAUAUCCUUUUUUGGGUACCUUUUUUUUAAUUGUAUAUUUGUAAACUUACAGAGAAAUCCCCAAGAUUAUACAGGCUGGUUAGUUUCCGUGUUUGGCAUAAAUUGUAGACAUAUCUUUUAGUGAAGUAGUCCCAGAGUGAUUAGUUCCACCUAACACUAACUAUCCCAUUCACACUCCAGUUACAGGCUAACAAAGCAUGCUGCAACUACCAGUGUGCCAUACAAGAUCUCUGACUAUAGAGCCAUGGAAGAGAGAAUUACAACAACUAGUAAAACUUUGCUCAUGAUAUUGAGAGUAUACCUCCAUAGUUCCCAAACAAUUUCAUGCAAGAGGGCACAGUGCAUGCACAGCUUACUAACAUUUUUUAUACUAUAUUUUACUAUAAUAGGAGAUAUUUUAAAACACUUCUGCAGUUAAUAAUUGUUUUAAGGCCUUCAUGUGUUUCGGAUAAGAUAUAUCCACAAUGUUGGUUAUAUUGUUGAUACUACUAUUACAGAAUCCUGGAAUUUGUAGUUUGGUGAUGUACUUUCACUUCCUUGCUGGAGAGCUCUGGUGCCCUGCUUCUUAAACUAUGAAUCUCAAUCCCAAACAGGGUCUCCUUGGCUCCAUAUUGGGUUCACAGAAAACAUUUUAAGACUUCUGAAUGCAGUCUAGUGGCUGUUUUAGACAUUUGUACAAAUCUGUGGACUUGGCAAAUCGUUACAGUGGACUCUGCAAAAAAUGUUUCAGCUGUACUUAAUAAAAAGAAAAAUUAGCCUGUUUAGCAAGGGCUGUUGUGUGUUUUCCGGGCUAUAUGGCCAUGUUCCAGAAGUAUUCUCUCCUGACGUUUCGCCCAUAUCUAUGGCAGGCAUCCUCAGAGGUUGUGAGGUAUAUUGGAAACCCCACUUGCCUAGUUUCCAGCAGAUCUCACAACUUCUGAGGAUGCCUGCUAUAGAUGUGGGUGAACGUCAGGAGAGAAUACUUCUGGAGCAUGGCCAUACAGCUCGGAAAACACACAACAACCCUGUGAUUCCGGCCAUGAAAGCCUUUGACAACACACUGUUCAGCAAGUCUUGCAAAUGCUGGUUUGUUAUCAGUAAAUGUUUGAUUUGUGUACACGUUUUAUAUACCUGAGAUCACGUAAACAUUUCUUGAAUGAAAAGGGGUCAAAAAUGGGAAUAGUUUAGGAAGUCCUUCUCUACUGGAGUCAUCUAAACUGCAACAUAAGACUUGUCUAGGAAUAAAUUCCAAGUAUUUCACCAAACCACAAAUCCAAGGAUUGUAUAGGAUGGAAUUAAAAUUAUGCAAAUUGCUAUAACUGCAUAUUGCGGAUACACUCAAGGUCUCAGAACUUUUGAAAAAUUCCAGGUGCUAACAUAAAUCACCAUACAUAUGUACUGCAGUACAUAUGUAAAAUCAGUGUCACAGUGUCAUUUGACAUUCAUGAUUGGCCCAGGGAUAUUCUGGAAGAACUCUUGAUCCCUUUCAGACUUCUUCACAAUACAGGCAGCCACGUUGUAUCUAAAAUUGGAUUGAGGCAAACACUAGAAUUAUUUUCCCCCAAAAUGCUAUCUAAAGGCUCUCUCUCUCUCCCCAGGCAUAUUGUUAGAAAUAGAGUUCUUCAAAGAGGCAACUCAAAAUGGUGGUUACGAUUCAAACAGAACUGUCAAUUACUAUAACUUCAAAAAUGUACCCAGUGGGACCAUCUCACUUUUAGCCAACUGUACUGUUCAUGGUGGUUGAUCAUUAUUAUGAGUGAUAGUAACUUCUGCAUGAGUGAACAAAGAGCAAAAGAGAGGAAGGGGCCCUGUCUCCUUGGAAAAAGAAGACUGCCUUGGCAACAAAGAAGCGAUAGAUAAUGUAUUUAAUUUUUGUAUACAUGUGUAUGCAUGUUUUCUAAUGACAUAAAACAUAAGCUCACACAGCUGUGUGGACAAUGCACAAUAUAGAUGCUUGGUUUCUCCUAGUGUUAUGACUUGAAAGUGCAGCCAGCAACCGUUGUGGGAAAUUACCGUUGCUGCUAUGUGUGGGUCUUAAAAGGGUUUCUUUUGUUAUUGUUGGGGAACAGUGUGAUUUGUUAUGUCUUCAAUAAAUUAAACUCAGAUACAUGUGAAACAAGAAAAAAAUACAUGGAGAAAUA